AUGAACGCUGAACCUCCUUCGCCUUCUUUGACCUUGCUCUUGUCAUUGGGGUUCCAAGACCUUGAAUAUCCUCUAGGCUUUCUUCCUUGGUUAUGCAUUCUAUGUCCUCAUCAUUCCCUCCUUCUUGAUCAUCAGGAUCUAUCAGCCAUUGUGCGUAGUUGCAAAGCUACCACCUUUACUAAUCCCACCACCGUUUUUGAAACUCCCACCCCCAACACCUCGACCAAUAACACUAGAUCUCCUCUUAAACCAACUGAUUUCAUAGAGCUAGAAAAAUUGACAACCAUCAUAAAUCCCAAUACCACUAUCUCCACCCCCACCCCCACCUCCACCUCCACCUCCGCCUCCGCCGCCAAUAUCCUUAAACCCACAUUCACUAUCGGCACUCCCGCUUUCACUUACACCAGUGUUCAUAACACCAAUCAAAAUUCAACUUUUUAUGAUGUCUCAACACUCGGGAUACAACAAGAAAUGCAAUUAAAUCCACAAACUGAUUUAUUCACAAGAAAAAAUCAACAAAUGAAUCUGGUUUGCCAUGUGAAUACAGAGAAGCUCUUAGAAGAUCCAUGGGCAUGGAGAAAAUAUGGACAAAAACCCAUUAAAGGGUCUCCUUAUCCAAGGAAUUACUACAAAUGUAGCAGUGCCAUAGAUUGUGCAGCAAGAAAGCUUGUAGAUAAAAGCACUUCCAAAGAGGACAUUUUUGUUGUGACAUAUGUAGGACAACACAAUCAUGAAAAACCAGUUAAUCGGACCUCUCGAAAUCGAAACCAGUGGCUACUUAUGACUCAUUUUGUGGGGUGUAAACCAUGUGGAAAAUUUGGAGAUUACCCUGUUGAAGGGUGUUUGAAACAAAUGGAUCGUGCUUAUAAUUUUUGGGAUAAUAAGAUAUUCCAGAUGUAUGAUUUUACUCACAAGUCACUUGCUAGUAGAAGGGAUUGGAUUUUUGGUGGAGGAAACUCUCCUGCCUUUGUCGUGGCAGCUGCUGCAGUCCUUAUGAGUAGGCUCUUAGCUGACAGAAAUUUUGUUCUAACUUUACAACACAUUAUAUGCAUGACUAAGAAACAUCUAGCUUCUGAUAUGCGUGAGCACCACCAAGUAUUUGAUUCAUUAUCAUGUUAUAACACCUUCAUGGAAGUUGCAAGACAUCAACUGUCCCCACCAUUUGUUUUGGCUCUCCAAAUUCGCCAACUAGAAUCUUUCCUUUUAACUGCAAAAGAUUACUUCAAACAGUGCAGAAGCAGGACAUAA